GAGGAAAGCUAGAAGUACUGUACUGACUUCACGCCACUUGUAACGAAACCUCCCGGUACUUUCAAGGAAAUAAAAUGACUUGUAGUUAUCGGGAAGAAGAUAGGAUCUUUGGAAAAAAUUGAUAUUCCUGUUGUUUAUGUUACCUCUCCAAAAGUACAGGAGAUGGAUUUCCAAAGGCUGCUGUUGCAAGUGGAACAAGCCCUGAGCAGUGAAGAAGUACAAGCACUUGCAUUUCUUUGUACAGAUUUACUGGGUAAAGACCUGAACUCAGUGACCACAGCUAGUAAACUCUUCUCUCUUCUGACGGACCAAGAACUGUUAUCCCCUGAUCAACCUUGCUUGCUUGCUGACCUACUACUCACCAUCCAGCGGCACAGCUUGAUGCGAGGCCUUGGCCUCAACAACCAGCUACCAACAACCAGUAGGGACAUCUCUCCUUAUAGAAAGAUGCUGUAUGACCUGUCAGAGAACAUCACUCGAGAUGAGUUGCGGGAGAUCAAGUUCUUGUUGAGUAAUGAACUCCCUCGUAGAAAACUGGAGGACAACCUGACGACCUUGCAAUUAUUCCUGGAAAUGGAGAAAAUGGAUAUUUUGAGCAUCAUAAAACUAAACACUCUUGAAAGCAUUAUUGAAAGUGUCUGCCCCGUGUUGAAAAAAACGAUCGAAAAGUAUAAGACACAGAAUUCCUUAUCUGGGCCAGGAACUCAAGAGACAGGGGUGGGACAGUUAAGACCAAGAUCUGUGUCUGAAGCUCAUGCAGGAAUCCAGGCUGCCUCCAUGCUUCCAAAGCGGCCUGUCUCUUGUGAACUAUCAGUUGAACCGUAUGGCCAUUCUGACGAGACUCUCAUUCCCCCCACUAACUUCUCGAGUUCACAGCCUUCAGCCAAGGUAUCCUCUCUGAAUCGAUCUGACACCUCUCUGGAUGUUCGGAGAGUCUCAUAUUCGAUGGAUGCAGGACUUUCACAUGGGCUGAGUCUCCUAAGUACCAAUGGGGACAACUGUGCUGCUCCCAUUAAAGGUCCAUUGAGAAUGUAUAAUGCCAAUCUGCAAAAGGGGCCUGCUGACUUCCCUUUCCCACUCACUCUGUUGGCUCAUUGGCCUCACUGUUUAAUGUUAGCUGUAUCAUUGAUGCAUUCUUACCUGAUCCAUGUCUUCUCUCAUAUAGAGUAUCAUCAUGUUUCAUCCACAUCCUCAUGUGGAGACAAUAAGAACUUUGGCCCAGCAGAUCCUCAGAGAGGAAACACCAAAAGAGAGGAACUGGGAGAAUAUUCUAUGACAGGAAAAAAGAGAGGUUUCUGUCUGAUCAUUAACAACUGCGACUUUAGAAAUUCCCCUCUACCGUUAAAAGAAAGAGCGGGAACACACAUUGACAAAAAGAGUUUGGUGAGUGUGUUCAAGUGGCUAGGCUUUGAGACACAGACUGAGCCAGACUGCAGUCGGGAGAAGAUACUGUCUCUACUUGCGGAGCUGCGCAACCGGGAUCACAGCCAGAUGGACUGCCUGGUGUGCUGCGUUCUGAGCCACGGCCUAGAAGGAGGUGUUUACGGGGUGGACGGGCUGGAGGUCAGUGUCAGGGAGCUCACAGAGCCCUUUUCUGGACUGGAGUGCAGCUCACUGAGGGACAAGCCCAAGCUGUUCUUCAUCCAGGCCUGUCAGGGCAACAAGGACCAAAAGCAAGUGUUCAUCCAGUCUGAUGGCCCAGCACCAAGCUCUACUACCUCCAGCUCUAUCUGCACUGAUGCAGUGGUACACAGAGACUCCAUUCCCACUGAUGCUGACUUCCUUCUGGGCAUGGCCACUGUCCCUCACUUUGCCUCUUUUAGAGACAAGAGGCAGGGCACUUGGUUCAUCCAGUCGUUGUGCCAGAACCUCAUCAACUUGGUGCCCAGUGGGUAUGACUUGCUGUCCAUCCUGACCAAGGUGAAUGAUGAUGUCAGCAGGAAGACAAAUGGCAUUAAGAAGCAGAUGCCCCAGCCUGCAUACUCGCUCAGAAAGAGGGUGGUCUUUCCCAUUCCCAAAGAACCACCUCCCAGACUAUGUGAGCCACAAGCAUUGGCUUGAGAACACUAGAGCAGAUUUCUUUAAUGGUCGUCACCUUUCCCAUCUAUUCAGGGUACUGAUUCAGAAACUAGGUGAGUGGACUCUCACCGACGAUAUUAAUAAAUGGGGAAACGACUAGUACUUGAAUAGCACUGCCCUAGACUGAGACACUGUCUCCACACUCCUGUCUACACUGCACACCUCAGGGAUCCCUCAAGUAUAAACUGCUGUGUUUUUCCAAAACUGAAUGUUAACUGUUUUUUACACCUUAUAUAUAAAAAAUGAAAUUCAGUAUAAAUAUAUCCAAAGAACUGUAAAUAGAACGUUUCAGGAAUUUUUUUAAAGGGUGUUUUUAAAUGUUGUAGAGAAAAAGCAAGAACAACCGAAGAGCACUUAAUAUGCAACGUUUUCCACAUGUUUUUUUCUAAAUGGUCAAUUUCUUACUCCCUUGCACAUUGGCUUCCUAAAUGAAUACAAAAUAACAUUUUCAAUCAAUAUAGAUAAUUUUGUUGUUGCUGCUGUUUCAAUACAUCACAGUGUACUCCUUGACACCACAUGUCAUACAACACAUUUAAGACAAAUUCUAUGACGGAAGAAUAAAAAAUAUGGUCAAACAUG